GGUGGCGACUUCCUGCAAAUCUCUUAGGUCAGGAGCCAGAUUCACUGGCUUUGGCCCGAGAUCGUGAGUAUCUGGAGAGCGAUCUGAUUUCUGCCCUGGCGCUGGGAAGGUCGGGCCGUUCCCGGGCCCCGGCUCGGGCUGCCUGGGUACUAGCCCGGGAACGCCUCUCCCGUUCCCCGCCCGCGAAGUUUGCCGUGCGCCGGGCGUCCUCAAAGACUACGCCUGCUGGCCCCAGGCUGGGCGCUGUCAGUUCCUGAUCAGGCGGGUGCCCGCCCGGGCUGGUGCAGUUUCCAGAGCCGAAAAGCCACCCCCACGCCCGAGCUCCGCGCGUGGAACUAGGGGCGCGGCUCCGGCGCCGCCCACACCCAGGGCUGCUCUGGCCCCUCGAGUUGCAGGCUCCACGAGAUACGCACGGAGAGUGGCGGCCGCCCGCACGGCUGUGCCACCGAGUCCCUUGGCGGGUGGCCCAGUCGGGAAGACCCUGCGCCCCGGGAUGGCGGCGGCCGCGCGGGCUCCAGACUGGACAUCGCUGCCAGUCCUGCGGUCGCCACGGUCGCUGCUUGUGCUUGUGCUGGUGCUGCGGGUGCCAUCAGCCUGGAGUGCGACAGCUCGGGACCCCGCCGAGGAGCUCAGCCUGCAUCCGCCCUACUUCAACCUGGCCGAGGCGGCGAAGAUUUGGGCCACUGCUACCUGCGGGGAACGGGGACCCGGCGGAGGGCAGCCCCGGCCAGAGCUCUACUGCAAGUUGGUUGGGGGCCCCAACGUCCCGGGCAGAGGCCACACCAUCCAGGGUCAGUUUUGUGACUAUUGUAAUUCUGAAGAUUCUAGAAGAGCACAUCCAGCCACCAAUGCAAUUGAUGGAUCCGAACGUUGGUGGCAAAGCCCUCCUCUGUCCUCAGGCACACAGUACAACAAAGUCAACCUCACCCUGGAUCUGGGUCAGCUCUUCCAUGUGGCCUAUAUUUUAAUCAAAUUUGCAAAUUCUCCUCGCCCUGAUCUUUGGGUCUUGGAAAGGUCUGUAGACUUUGGAAACACCUACUCACCAUGGCAGUAUUUUGCUCAUUCUAAAAGAGACUGUUUGGAACAAUUUGGGCAGCAGGCAAAUAAAGCUAUCACCCGGGAUGAUGACGUACUCUGUAUUACUGAAUUUUCCCGCAUUGUACCUUUGGAAAAUGGUGAGGUGGUGGUGUCCUUGAUAAAUGGUCGUCCAGGUGCAAAAAAUUUUACUUUCUCCCACACCCUCCGGGAGUUCACUAAGGCAACAAACAUCCGCUUGCGCUUUCUUCGAACCAACACCCUGCUUGGACAUCUCAUCUCCAAAGCACAGCGGGAUCCAACUGUCACUCGGAGGUAUUAUUACAGCAUAAAGGAUAUCAGCAUCGGUGGGCGGUGUGUUUGCAAUGGCCACGCUGAAGUGUGCAAUGCAGAUAAUCCUGAAAAACGGUUCCGGUGUGAAUGCCAGCACCACACCUGUGGGGAGACCUGCAGUCACUGCUGUGUGGGCUACAAUCAGAGGCGCUGGCAGCCGGCACUGUGGGAGCAGAACAAUGAGUGUGAAGCCUGCAACUGUCACGGCCAUGCCAUCGACUGUUACUAUGACCCAGAUGUUGAGCAGCAGCAAGCAAGCUUGAAUACCCAAGGCAUCUAUGCAGGUGGCGGGGUCUGCAUCGACUGCCAGCACAACACAGCUGGGGUGAACUGUGAAAAGUGUGCCAAGGGUUAUUACCGUCCUUAUGGGGUUCCAAUCGAUGCCCCCCAUGGCUGCAUCCCUUGCAGCUGCAACCCUGAGCAUGCAGAUGACUGUGAGCAGGGCUCAGGCCACUGUCAUUGCAAACCAAAUUUCCAUGGAGACUACUGUGAGAAGUGUGCCGCUGGUUACUAUAACUUCCCAUUUUGCUUGAGAAUCCCUGCUUCUCCUGUUUCUACUCCAAGUCUAGAAGAUCCAGAAGCUGGAAAUAUAGAAGGGUGUGACUGUAACUUGGAAGGUGUUCUCCCUGAAAUUUGCGAUGACCUUGGAAGGUGUCUGUGCCGUCCUGGGGUCGAGGGCCCGGGGUGUGACACCUGCCGCUCUGGUUCCUACUCGUUCCCUAUUUGCCAAGCCUGCCAGUGCUCAGCCCUUGGAUCCUACCCAACGCCUUGCCACCCGGUGACUGGACAGUGUGAAUGCUUGCCAGGGAUAACAGGACAGCGGUGUGACAGAUGUCUCUCAGGAGCCUAUGACUUCCCCUACUGUCAAGGUUCCAGUGGUGCUUGUGACCCAGCUGGUACCAUCGACUCCAGCUUGGGGUAUUGCCAAUGCAAGCUUCAUGUGGAAAGUCCUACUUGUAGUAUCUGCAAACCAUUAUAUUGGAAUCUGGCCAGAGAAAAUCCCAGUGGAUGUUCAGAGUGCCAGUGCCAUGAGGCAGGAACAGUGAGUGGAGUUGGAGAGUGUGGGCAGGGAGACGGUGACUGUCACUGCAAGGUCCAUGUGAGCGGUGAUGCCUGUGAUACCUGUGAAGACGGAUAUUUCGCUCUGGAAAAGAGAAACUACUUUGGGUGUCAAGGGUGUCAGUGUGACAUUGGCGGGGCACUCACAUCUGUGUGCAGCGGGCACUCUGGAGCAUGCCAAUGCCGAGAGCAUGUGGUGGGGAAGGCGUGCCAGAGGCCUGAAAAUAACUACUAUUUCCCAAAUUUGCAUCAUAUGAAGUAUGAGAUUGAGGAUGGCACUGUACCUAAUGGAAGAGACCUUCGGUUUGGAUUUGAUCCCCUGGCAUUUCCUGGGUUUAGCUGGAGAGGAUAUGCCCAGAUGACCUCAGUACAGAAUGAAGUAAGGGUGAUGUUGGAUAUGGGGAAGCCAAAUCUCUCCUUGUUUCACAUUAUUCUGAGAUAUGUAAACCCUGGAACUGAAGCCAUUUCUGGCCAUAUAACCAUUUAUCCAUCUUGGGUGAAGUCAGGUGCUGCUCAAAGCAAAGAGAUCACCUUCCUGCCGAGCAAGGAGCCAGCUUUUGUCACCAUCCCUGGAAAAGGCAUUGCAGACCAGUUCUCAUUGACACCGGGGACAUGGAUUGCUUGUAUCAAGGCAGAAGGAGUCCUCUUGGAUUACCUGGUGCUGCUCCCCAGAGACUACUUUGAAGCUUCGGUGUUGCAGCUGCCUGUCACAGAACCAUGUGCCCACACAGGACCUCCCCAGGAAAAUUGCUUGCUUUACCAGCAUUUGCCAGUGACCAGGUUCCCCUGCACCCUGGCUUGCGAGGCCAGGCACUUCCUGCUCGAUGGCCAGUCGAGACCCUUGGCAGUGAGACAGCCCACCGCAGCACAUCCAGUCAUGGUGGACCUCAGCGGGAGAGAGGUGGAACUGCAUCUGCAGCUGCGUGUCCCACAGGUCGGCCAGUAUGUGGUCAUGGUUGAAUAUGUCACAGAAGCAGACCAGCUGUUUACAGUUGACGUGAACAUGAAGAGCCCUGGGGGCCCUGUUUUGGCAGGCCAGGUGACCAUAUAUAGCUGCAAGUACAGUGUUCUCUGCCGGAGCAUUGUGAUCGAUAGCAUGAGCCGCAUUGCUGUGUAUGAGCUAUUGGCAGAUGCAGACCUUCAGCUCAAGGUGCACAUGGCCCGAUUCCUUCUGCAUCAGAUUUGUCUCAUACCCAUUGAAGAAUUCUCAGCUGAAUACUUGAGGCCUCAAGUCCACUGUAUUGCCAGCUACGGGCCAUUGGUUAAUCAAAGUGCCACCUGUGUCUCCCUGACUCAUGAGACUCCUCCCACAGCGUUAAUUUUGGAUGUCCCCAGUGGGAGACCAUUUUCUCUCCUGCCCCAGGAGAAUUCUCCUUCUGCAAAUGUCAUACCUGGAAUUACCUUACAGGCCCCACAGAGCCAAGUGACCCUGAGAGGACUCGUACCACACCUGGGCCGCUAUGUUUUUGUCAUCCAUUUUUAUCAAGCAGCGCACCCAACGUUUCCCGUCCAGGUGUUUGUGGAUGGAGGGCGGCUGUGGUCAGGUUCCUUCCGUGCCUCCUUUUGUCCCCAUGUGCUGGGCUGCCGGGAUCAAGUGAUCAGUGGAGGCCAGGUUGAGUUUGACAUCUCAGAGCCUGAGGUGGCUGUGACUGUGAAGGUUCCGGAAGGAAAGUCCUUAACAUUGGUCCGCGUUCUAGUGGUGCCUGCAGAGAAUUACGACUAUCAAAUACUUAACAAAAAAUCGGUGGACAAGUCCUUUGAGUUUAUCACCAAUUGUGGAGGAAACAGUUUUUAUAUUGAUCCCCAGACAGCCUCCAGAUUCUGUAAGAAUUCUGCCAGGUCCUUGGUGGCCUUUUACCAUAAUGGCGCUCUGCCUUGUGAAUGUGACCCUGCUGGGGCCAUCAGCCACCACUGCAAUCCUGAGGGCGGGCAGUGCCCGUGCAGGCCCAACAUCAUCGGGCGGCAGUGUACCCGCUGUGCAACUGGCCACUAUGGAUUCCCACAAUGCAAGCAGUGCAACUGUGGCAGGCGGCUUUGUGAAGAGGUGACCGGGCAGUGCCUCUGCCCUCCCCGCACUGUCAGACCCCAGUGUGAGGCCUGCGAGCUGCAUUCCUUCAGCUUCCACCCCCUAGCCGGUUGCCAAGGCUGCAACUGCUCUAAGAGGGGCAUCAUUGGGGCUGCUGCCCCAGAUUGCGAUAAGGACAGUGGACAAUGCAGGUGCAAGCCCAGGAUCACCGGGCGGCAGUGUGACCAGUGUACUUCUGGGUUCUACCAUUUUCCUGAGUGUGUUCCCUGCAAUUGCAACAGAGAUGGGACUGAGCCAGGAGUGUGUGACCCGGGGACUGGGGCUUGCCUCUGCAAGGCAAAUGUGGAAGGUACAGAAUGUAACAUGUGUCGAGAAGGAUUCUUCUAUCUGGAUCCAGCCAAUCCCAAGGGUUGCACCACCUGCUUCUGUUUUGGAGUGACCAGUAGUUGUCACAGUACACAUAAGCAAAGAGCUAAGUUUGUGGAUAUGAUGGGAUGGCACCUGGAGACAGCAGAUCGAGUGGAUGUCCCUGUUUCAUUCAACCCAGGUAGCAACAGUGUCGUGGCAGAUCUCCAGGAGCUUCCCUCAACAGUGCACAGUGCAUCUUGGAUCGCGCCUCCAUCUUACCUGGGGGACAAGGUUUCUUCAUAUGGUGGCUUCCUCACUUAUCAAGUCAAGUCAUUUGGCUUACCUGGUGACAUGGUUCUUCUGGAAAAAAAGCCAGAUGUGCAGCUCACUGGUCAGCACAUGUCCAUCAUCCAUGAGGAGUCAAGUGACCCCCGGCCAGAUCGACUGUAUCAUGGGAGAGUGCAGAUGGUUGAGGGAAACUUCAGACACGCCAGCAGCAGAGCCCCAGUGUCCAGGGAAGAGCUGAUGACGGUCCUGUCUAGACUCCAGGGGCUGCACAUCCGGGGCCUCCACUUCACCGAGACACAGAGGCUCACACUGGGUGAGGUGGGGCUGGAGGAGGCCUCCGACACAGGAAGUGGACGCAGAGCACACGAAGUGGAGAUGUGUACCUGUCCCCCUGACUAUAUGGGUGACUCAUGUCAGGGUUGUAGCCCUGGAUACUAUCGGGAUAACAAAGGCUCGCUUACCGGACGAUGUGUUCCCUGCAAUUGCAACGGACAUUCAAAUCGAUGCCAGGAUGGCUCCGGCAUAUGUAUUAACUGUCAGCAUAACACGGCUGGAGAUCACUGUGAACGCUGCAAGGAGGGUCACUAUGGGAACGCUGUCCAUGGAUCCUGUAGGGUCUGCCCGUGUCCUCAUACCAACAGUUUUGCCACUGGCUGUGUCGUGAGCGGGGCCAACGUGAGGUGCGCCUGCAAACCCGGCUACGCAGGAGCACAGUGCGAGAGAUGUGCACCAGGAUAUUUUGGGAAUCCCCAGAAGUUUGGAGGUAACUGCCGACCAUGCAAUUGUAACAGCAAUGGCCAGUUACAUUCUUGUGACCCCCUAACUGGAGACUGCCUCAACCAAGAACCCAAAGAUAGUGGCCCUGCAGAAGAAUGUGAUGAUUGUGACAGCUGUGUUAUGACGCUCCUGAAUGACCUGGCCACCAUGGGUGAGGAGCUCCGUCUGGCCAAGUCUCAGCUACAAGGCCUGAGUGCCAGUGCCAGCACCCUGGAGCAGAUUCGGCUCGUGGAGACCCAAGCCAAGGACCUGAGGAAUCAGUUGCUCAACUAUCGUUCUACUGUUUCAAAUCAUGGAUCAAAAAUGGAUGCCCUGGAAAAAGAGCUGAGUAACUUGAAUCCUGAAUUCGAAACUUUGCAAGAAAAGGCUCGAAUAAAUUCCAGGAAAGCACAAACAUUAUAUAACAAUGUUGAUCGGACGAUCCAAAGUGCAGAAGACCUGAACACAAAGAUUAAAAAUGUCAUCCGGAAUGUGCACAUUCUCCUCAAGCAGAUCUCUGGGACAGGUGGAGAUGGAAACCACUUGCCUUUGGGCGACUUCUCCAGAGAGUUGGCAGAAGCCCAUCGCAUGAUGAGGGAACUGCGGGACCGAAACUUUGCAAAGCACCUGAGAGAGGCAGAAGCUGAAAAAAGAGCCGCCCAGCUCUUGUUGGACCAGAAAAGGCAGCAAGCCCUGAAGCUGGAGAACAAUGGACUUAUAAAGAACAUACAGAAUUCUUUAAGUGAUUAUGAAGCCAAACUCCAUGACCUGCGUGCUGUGCUACAGGAGGCAGCCGCCCAGACAAAGCAGGCCACUGAUCUCAACCAAGACAAUGAGCGAGCUUUGGGAACCUUUAAGAAUCAAGUAAAAGAAAUUGAUUUGCUGAAGAGUGAUUUCACAAAGCUCCUGUCUACUGCAGACUCUUCCUUGCUUCAGACCAACACUGUACUACAGCAGAUGGACAAAAAACAGAAGGAAUAUGAAAAAUUAGUUUCUACUUUAAAUGCAAGAAGACAGGAACUAAGUGACAAAGUGAGAGAACUCUCCAGAUCAGCGAGCAAGACAUCCCUGGUAGUGCAGGCAGAAAAGCAUGCACAGUCUUUACAAGAACUGGCCAAGCAGCUGGAAGAGAUCAAAAGAAAUGCCAGUGGGGAUGAGCUGGUACGCCGUGCUGUGGAUGCUGCCACCGCCUACGAGAACAUCCUCAAUGCCAUCAAUGCAGCAGAGGAUGCUGCAAACAAGGCCACCAGUGCCUCUGAGUCAGCCCUCCAGACAGUGAUAAAGGAAAAUCUUCCCGGAAAAGCUAAGACCCUGAGUUCUGACAGUGAUAAGCUGCUGCACAAAGCCAAGUUAACACAGAAAGAGCUGCAGCAAGAAAUCAAUCCAGCUCUCAACAACCUACAGCAAACCCUGAAUGUGGUGACAGUUCAGAAAAAACUGAUAGACACCAAUCUCACUACUGUCCGUGACGACCUUCGUGGGAUACAGAGAGGUGACAUCGAUGACAUGAUUAGCGGUGCAAAGGGCCUGGUCAGAAAGGCUGACGACAUCACAAGUGAGGUUCUGGAUGGGCUUAACCCCAUUCAGACAGACUUGGAAAGAAUUAAGGAUACUUAUGGGAGCACACAGAGUGCAGACUUCAACCAGGCUCUGAGUGAUGCACAUAACUCAGUAAAGAAAUUAACUAAGAAACUUCCAGAUCUUUUGAGCAAGAUUGAAAGUAUCAACCAACAACUGUUACCCUUGGGAAACAUCUCUGACAAUAUGGACCGAAUUCGGGAACUAAUUCAGCAGGCCAGAGAUGCUGCAAAUAAGGUCGCAGUCCCCAUGAGAUUCAAUGGUAAAUCUGGCGUUGAAGUCCGACUUCCAAAUGACCUGGAAGAUUUGAAAGGAUACACAUCUCUCUCUUUGUUUCUUCAAAGACCUGACUCAAGAGAAAAUGGGGGGACUGAGAAUAUGUUUGUGAUGUACCUCGGAAAUAAAGAUAAGGAGGAAAGAUACGUACAUAGCUGACAUGGCAAAAUAGAGGUAUCGUAGAAGAAACAGCCACAAAGUUUAAGAGGGUAU